GUUACUACAACAAAUUUUGCAGGUUGCUAAGACUAAAGAAAUCAACAAACUCAAGCAUUGAUUUCUGAAAUUUGCACAGAGUUAAAUGGAACUGAGAACACGAAAAAAUGCCGUUACGCGCAGCAGCGGAAGUCGAUAAAAUUGGUGAAAUAAAUGAUAAAAUCGCAGAAUUGAAGAAGCGUAUACUACUAGCAGAGGGUCAAAAGACAGCUAAUGCCGCCGAAUGGCAAAAACAGAAUCGCAUAAACCGUGAAACCAUUACAACACUGAAGAAAGAAAUCAAAGAGCUGACACACAAAUGCGGCCAAUUGCGCAAUCCACUGCAACGUGCGGUGAUCAUCAAGGAGGAGCCGGCCACAGCGCAGGAGGUGCGAAAGAAGGCGAGCAGCGCUACGACUACAGCGAUUGCAGUGGGUAAAAUGAGUUACCCGAUUGGUGCGCGCAGUGUUGAGGAUGCCAUUUUUCUGACUGAUUUGAAACUCACCGAACAGCGCAAGCAACUGGAUCUGCUGCGACACCGCUUCAGAUGUCGCAAGGAACGCUUGGCUAAGAUGGUGCAACAAUAUCGCGGACUGAAUGCGGCCAAGACGGCGCAGGCGCAGAAUUUGGGUGAGAAGCCGCCGGAGACGUUGGAGGAGGAUGCCAAUAGAAAGUUGGUUUGUCAGCUGGAGAAUGAGAUACAUCGCACGAAUGUCCAGUGGAUGGAGGCCGAGCAUAUACGCAAGAAAUAUCGCUCCAUUGAGGCAUCGCUGAUGAAUGAUGCUGAGCGGUUUGAACGCAGCCUGCGCGAGUUGGAAGCAGCACUGACUGAGCAGCAAGCAGAGAUCGAUAGGUUGCAGCAAGUACACAACGAGGCCAUUGCAAUGCGUGACGCAGCCAAAUCAAUACUACAACGCCAAGAGCAACAAGCACAUCUCUCACAAAAGACGCGUGAGCGACAAGCACUCGAUUUCCGCAAACAGGUUGAGGCACGCAAGAUGGAGCUGGAACGUAUUGGCCGCAAACUAUUUGUUGAGAAUAAAACUCUAGUACAUCAAGACAGUCUCGGCUCUAACUCUGGCGAUCAGCUGACCGCAAAAACCGAGACUGAAGUGGAUGAGACCACACAUUUGCAAAACUUAACUGCCGAAAUGGAGAAUCUCUUCAAGCAACUAAUGGAAGUUAGUGGUGCCACGACUCCUGCUGAGGUUUACGAUCGCUUUUGCUCGCAAAAAGAAUCCGCUUCCCGCUUGUCUUAUCUACGUAAUGCGGCAGAGAAGGAGAAAUCGCAAUUGGAAGCACAACGCGAGCAAUUAACACUAUCACUAGAGGCAAUGAAGUUCUCAGAUGGCAAAGAGAGCGAGGUCAACCAAGAGGUCAUCGAGAAUAUAAAAUUAAAAAUUUCUGAAUUAGAUCUGGAGCGUCAAAAGAACUCGGAGGCCUCGGAGCAUACGCUUACGGUUUUGAAAUUUAUCAAAGAGCAUUUAUGCGAAAUGAUCUUUAAGUUACAAGAAGUGGAUGAGAGUCAUAUUAAUUUGAAAACGAAGGGUCUUUAUAUACACGUGGAAAUUUUACCCAAAUUUUUGGCUGAUGAAGCUGCAGAUGAUGACUUUAUAGAGAUUUUGAAAUUCAAACUACAACGUUGCCAGGAGAUAAGCAAACCAGCGGACGCUACCAUGCCUGAAGUACCGAAGUUGGAGCUUGAGAGCGAUGAAGUCUACCCACCCUCCGACGCACCCAAGUCACCCACUGUAGCCGAGGGCGAGAAGCCACAACCAAUGCCACUUUGCUAUUACAAUUUGCUCGCUGGACGCGCUCAGCGCGCUACAGGCACAUCCUCUUCUUCGCCCGAACAGGCACCGGCAGCAGCUGCCGUGCCCGAUGAGGAGAGCGAGGUGCCCACACGUCAAUACCUGAAGCGCCAAUCAGUGCUGCUGGUGGAUUCCAAGUCGCGACGCAAACCAUUCCGACCAACGCCAGCGGGACGCAGGAAGUAAGAGGCAGCUAGCGAGAGCGUGCAGAAAAAAAAUAUACAAAUUAAAGAUAUAUGAAAUGUGAAAAUAAAAAUAUACAAUUGAAAAGGAAUAUACCAAAAAUGAAUUCAAUUUGCGACGCCACUCAAGUGUGAGCGCAACGUUGGCAGCUGGGCGUUUGUUGAAGAUACGGACGCUUGCACAGAACUCAAGUGAAGCGUGUAACAGCACGUUUGUGCCACAAAAUGCAAAUUCA